AGCUACUUUCAUUUCAUUUCCUCAGGACUGUUGGAGAGGUUCCUGCUCAGUUUUGGUCUCGAAGGCGACUUUAUUUUUCACGUUUUUAACCUUCAGUUUGUUCAGAAACCAUGAAUGUACUUCUGUCUCUCGCUGCGUUUGCUCUUCUGGCCUCAUGCGCCUUUGCUAAGGAGUCUGCACCAAAAAUCCAGGUUUACAGCCGUAACCCUGGCGUAUUUGGCAAAGAAAAUACGCUGAUCUGCCAUGUGAGUGACUUCCACCCUCCAGACAUUGAAAUCAGACUGAUGAAGAAUGGUGUUGAGAUCCCUAAUGCCAAGCAGACCGACCUGGCCUUUGAGAAGGGCUGGAAGUUCCAUCUGACCAGAAGCGUUGAGUUCACUCCAUCCAGUGGUGAGACUUACAGCUGCAGUGUCAGACACUUGAAGACUACUAGGCACAUCACCUGGGAGGCAGACAUGUAAACCUCCUGUCCUUCAUUCCAGCUCAUUGCUGUUUCCUUGCACCUUUGAGCAAUUACACUUUCGGCAGAUAAAUCUACUCGGUGUAUCUCUCACUACAGGGCUGGGUGACACAGCCCUAUACAUACAUACGAUAAUAAAAAUGUCUUUGGGUGAAAACUCCUGUCACAUCGAGGUGUUUAAUUUCACUUCAGUUUUGCUGACAAAGAAUCAAAAUUUUUUAUACUAUUAAUGACAUGCAAUAAAGAUUUAAAUCCUUAACAGGAUCCUGAAUGGAAACAUUGCAAAUCAUUUACAAACAUUACAGUGAUUGACUGCGGCAUAAUAAAAUCACAAAAAUUCAAAACAAAACAAAUUAUGUAUAUAUAUAGUGCUAUCUCCCAGCCCUGCAUCAUAUCCACUCUUUAAUUAAUCAAACAUUAUCUUUACAGUUAAAUUUGCUAGAAGUAAUAUUACCAUUUUUCUUUGGAUGUAAAGUAGACAUUUUUGUGGUUUGGACAAAUUCUUUAACUGUCUUUUAUCAUUGUUGUCAUAAAUGACUUUUUGGCAUUUAUCUUCUUUUUAAAAAUUCUGUUGUCUGUGAUCACACGGGCUAUGAAACUUUUGGUAGCUGUCAUUACUGUGUUGCUCUUAUUUUAUGCUCUUUUAAAUUUAUUUGGUAUUUUCUGAAGAAUAAUAUUUCAAAUGUAAUAAAACAAUAAAAUCUUGUCCACCUCCCCAA